CUUGCCGGCUCCUAAAACCCGCCACAAUUUAUCCUUUUGCAUUUUGUUGUUACAUAUAGGCGUUUGAGUUCGUUUUUAGACUUAGUGAGGGAAACUUUGUUGCUAUCCACUUUCCUUUGUGGCCGACAUUGAUCUAAUCAUUGCACCUUAAUCUUCCGUCAUCAUGUUCGUCCUCCAGCGUGCAUCGUUACGUGCCAUUCCGCGUAUGCACGCUGUCAAUGCCGUCACACAGAGACGUACUUUGGGAAGCGUUGGCGCGAUUGAUUCCGCAAUCUUCAGGACCUUGUUUGGUACCGAGGAAAUACGAAAGGUUUUCGACGACAAAGCUUACCUUAAUCGAUGCGUGGACGCCGAGACCGCACUUGCUCGAGCACAGUCUCGGUGCAAUGUGAUUCCUUCACACAUUGGCGACAUUGUUACUUCAAAAUCGAACGGAGCCCAAUUGGAUUUUGAAAGGCUGCGACGGGAGACGGAAAUUGUAGGAUACCCUAUUCUGCCCCUUGUUCGACAGCUCUCGGCGGCGGUUGGUGAUGAGGCGGGACGAUACGUACAUUGGGGUGCGACGACUCAAGACAUCAUGGACCUCGCCAGUAUACUCCAGAUGAAGCAGGGCUUGGAAAUCCUCGAAAAGACGCUUAAAUCUGUCGUUAAGAACCUCGAAGUUCUUUCUAGAAAGCAUCGAGACACGCCAAUGGCUGGAAGAACCCAUUUACAACACGCUCUCCCCAUUACAUUUGGACACAAAACUGCGAUAUGGCUUUCGGGUUUCCAACGCCAUUUAGAGAGACUGGAGCAGCUGAGAUCUCGUGCACUCAUGGUUCAAUUUGGUGGUGCAGCUGGAUCCUUAGCUUCGCUAGGAUCCGGUGACAAUGGCAUUCGGGUACGCAAGGAAAUGGCAAAAGAUUUGGGCUUAUAUGAUCCCCCCAUUACAUGGCAUGUUGCAAGAGACGGCAUCGCCGAAGUCACUAAUUUUCUUGCCUUGGUAGGCGGAAGUCUAGGCAAACUGGCUCUCGAUAUCAUUAUUAUGUCAUCCAAUGAGCUGAGCGAGGUAUCAGAGCCGUUUGUUCCACACCGCGGAGCGUCUUCCACUAUGCCGCAGAAGCGAAAUCCUAUCUCUAGUGAAGUCAUUCUCGCUGCUUCCAAGAUUCUCCGCUCAAACGCUGGACUGGUACUGGAUGGCAUGGUUUCGGACUUUGAGCGGGCUUCAGGGCCAUGGCACCUCGAAUGGGUUGCCGUCCCGGAAAGCUUUGUCAUUGCCGUUGGAGCCCUUAAUCAAGCGGACUUUGCUCUGUCAGGUCUGGUGGUCAACUCAAAGCAGAUGCUCAAAAAUCUCUACUCCACGCGAGGUCUCAUUGUAGCUGAAGCUGUGAUGAUGGGGCUUGCUCCACAUGUGGGACGACAGAAGGCGCAUGAUAUUGUAUAUGAGGCAUGUAAAGAGAGUAUAGAGAACGACUCAAGUCUCUUGGACGCGCUCCAGGCACGCGAGGAGGUGACCAGCAAGAUCUCAAGUGAGGAAUUGAGCUCACUCUGCGACGCGAGGAACUACCUUGGCUCGUGCGGCUUGAUGGUCGAUGAGGUUCUCGCCACUGCGAAGUAGUCAUCACUUGGUUUUCUAUCUCAAGCAUGAUACUCUAUAUUUCAGACAUUACAUUUCAUUUAAGUAACAUGUUCAUCCUGUCAUUUGGCCGUAGACUUCAGAACGCAAAGCAUUCAAACUGCUGAGACAAGGAUGUUUUACAUUUGAAAUGUAUGUACCUUCAUCUAUUUGUA